CUAUUACACCGUUAGUACACUCUUGAGCUCUUCUGCGAUGUCUGAGCACAACUUGCUCCUAGAGUCGAAUCCAAAACUAGAUUCGCUAUGGCGUACCUGAAGUGGCUGCUUCUGGGCUGUGUAACACUGAGCAUUGUGCUGCUAAUGGUCCACGAAACAGUCUCUCGGACAAACACGGGGGGUAUCCUGUACCCUCAGGAGUCAGAGUCACGGGAUGUUCGUUCCCUUGACGGCAUCUGGAACUUCCGCCUCUCCCCAGAAACAGACCCACUAACGGGAUUCCGGGAGCGCUGGUUCCAGAAGGAUCUUAGCCAGACAGGAAGGACCAUACCCAUGCCAGUUCCUGCCAGCUACAAUGACGUCACAGAGGAUAAAGCUAUUCGAGACCACGUUGGAUUGGUGUGGUACGACAGAACGUUCUACGUUCCCGAAGCCUGGCGCCAAAGUUCCCUUGUCUGGUUACGUUUCGGUAGCGUUCAUUACGCUGCCCAAGUCUGGGUGAACGGACAUCUUGUGAUGAGUCAUGAAGUGGGACACCUGCCCUUCCAGGCCGAUAUCACUUCAGUCGUCAAAUUUGGGGCAAAGAAUCGAAUCACAGUGGCCGUGGACAACAUCCUGCUCCAGACCUCAGUACCACAGGGCCACGUCUCCGAAGUAUCGACUGACAAUGGAACAAGGAUUACACAGUCAUACACGUUUGAUUUCUUCAACUAUGCUGGGAUCCACAGACCAGUAUACCUAUAUACUACUCCCAGCAUUUAUAUUGAUGACAUCUCAGUGCACACUGGAGUCAGGGGUGACACAGGUAUCAUCAAAUACAAUAUAACUUAUGGUGGUCUGUUGCGAGCAACAAGUCAAGGGCCUGCAUGUUAUGUUGAUCUUUUGGAUCGAGAUGGCAACUAUGUUAUUCGGGAUGCUGGAUCUGGAAGGCUUCAAGGAGAGCUGGAAGUGCCUGUAGCAAGACUGUGGUGGCCCUAUCUCAUGGACCCAGAACCUGGCUACAUGUACACUCUCCAGGUCAGACUAACUGCACAACAGUGGGGAAUUGAAGACAUAUACCGGCUGCCCGUAGGGAUCAGGACAGUGGAAUGGAACAACACAAGUAUCCUGAUAAAUGGUCGGGCUAUCUAUCUCAGAGGUUUUGGUCGACAUGAGGAUUCUGAUCUCAGAGGCAAAGGUCUGGACUAUACUCUAAUUGUGAAAGACAACAACCUGAUAAAGUGGGUUGGAGCCAACUCUUAUCGCACUUCACACUACCCAUAUGCAGAAGAGAUUAUGGACUUCGCUGACAGGGAAGGGAUAAUCAUAAUGAAUGAGUGCCCCAGUGUAGAUACAGAAAAUUAUUCCCCUGCUCUUCUAGAAAAGCACAAGGAUUCAUUAAGUCAAUUAAUUCGCCGUGACAAGAACCGUCCUAGUGUCAUAUUCUGGUCAAUCGCAAAUGAAGCCAGAACACAGCUACCAGAUGCUGAUUCUUAUUUCAGGGCUAUUGUGGAGCAUGUAAAACAUCUGGAUUCAACUCGGCCAAUUACCAUGGCAUUGGCCAGAGGCUACGGUGAGGAUCGAACAGGUCAAUAUUUGGAUGUUAUUGGAUUCAACCGGUACAAUGGUUGGUAUAGUAACACAGGAAGAACAGACACCAUACGCAAUAACGUGAUUGCAGAAGCAGUAUCAUGGCACCACAAGUACAACAAACCAGUCAUGAUGCUGGAAUAUGGGGCAGAUACAUUGGCAGGACUUCAUUUGUAUCCUGAAUAUGUAUGGUCAGAAGAAUAUCAGGUUGAAAUUAUGUCCAAGCACUUUGAAGCUUUUGACAGACUGCGCAUGCAAGGAUUCUUUGUUGGAGAAAUGAUUUGGAAUUUUGCAGACUUCAAAACUGCCCAAACAAUAACACGAGUUGGGGGAAACAAGAAAGGUAUCUUCACACGAAACAGACAACCAAAAGCUUCAGCUCAUCACAUACGAAGACGUUACUGGGAGUUAGCUGGUGAAUUGGAUAACGCAAUACUGCCAAACGAUCUCGACCACUAUGUGUCUAAAUCACGACAUUAAAUUGUAGAAAACAGUGUUAUUACACAUUAUAAAACUACAGAAGAAGUCAGUGGUUCUUAACCAGUGGGCAGCAAAGAUCAUCCAGGAUUAAAACAUAUAUGUAACAGUUCAAGGAAAAGCCAGCUAAGACAGCGUGUGCAAAGAUCACCAAAGUAGGAUGUUUAAGAAACACUGCAUUAAGUGGCAUCAGUGAGCUGCAGAAUGAUAAUUCACUUCUUUGCAAUGAAUUAAUAGAUGUGUGUGCUGUGGUUGCCAGAAAUCAGAAUUAAGGCAGCACUGUUUGCAGGGAAGGCAACACAAAUGCAUUACAGGUGUGUUAUUAGGAGGUAACAAAGUGUCUCAAUACACAACAUCCUUCAGAGCCAUGGAUUCUGUCUCUCAGCCUCAGGAAAACAGUACAUCAUUACAGCCCUGAUCAUUCUCCACCCAAACUUUUACAAGAAUUAGGGACUGUUGCAGUUAAUUUUUUCUUUUGUUUAGCAAUCACUCAAGUUGUAUAAUUUCACACACUGCUUUAACCUCAGAGUGUGAUACAGUAUUACCUUCAGAUAUUAUACACAUUUUCAGUGUCAAUUUUAGCCUGCUUUCCUUAUUGUGCAUUCUUCGCAUGAUGAGCAUAACCUGAAUGCACAAAGGAGAAAUCAUGUCUGUUCUUCCAUCCACAUGUAUCAACUUGAGAACUAGUAGACUGAGUUUGAUGAAACUUGAUAUCACAGGUUCUACGAAAAAGUGGUAUGGCCAUUUUGAUUUUCAUAAAAAUUGUCAUGUAAGUGUACUUUACACUAGAGGCCACUCCACCUUCAUAUUUUUAAUUUUGUUCCAUCCUGAGGUGGAAGCAAUGUCACUUUAUAUAGACUCUCCAACUUUUGUGUGGUAAAAUUGGUAAUUUUGGGGGAGGGGGGAUAACUGUAAAAACAAUAUGGUAUCCAUCCAAAAUCAGUAUUUACCAUUCCAUUGGCUGGUGAUAAGUAAUGAACCAUAAGCAUUAAUACAAGUGAAAUUCUGUACAGACAUAGAUUCUAAAUGUACCUACAAGUUUUGCAUGUAACUGUGUUUACACGUUAACAAUUAUGAACAUGGGAACUGCGUGAAACUUUUGAGUUAAUAUCCAACACACUUAGCAGUAUAUAAAUGAAUCAUUAAUUGCAUAAUUAUUAACUUGUACUUGCUGUUAGCAUCACUAUAUAGACUGAAGCAAUGUAAGGAAAUUUUGUGAAGUUUUUCCAGAAUUGGUUUUUAAUUUCAAGGCUUAGCAACUUUAUCUCGUUAGUCUCUGUUUGUGCAGGUAUAUCACAGUUUGUGGGCCUUUCCAUGCUUUCAUUCUCAGAACACUUUUAUUUAUACAUCAUGUCCUUGCAUACAAACGGUUCAAUCCACACACCGCACUUCUGACUGAUCUUGGAGGUGAAACAAGGCUUCUGCCCACCAAAAGUAGAGCAUAUUACACCACAAUAAAUAAUUUUUAUAAUGUGCUUAUUUUUUAAUGCCAUAUUUAUAUAUUUAUGUCAGGAACAUAAACACAACAGUUAGCACUGAGUAUGUGAUGAAGAGUCUUCAAUGUGAAAGUUUCUACAUUAUGUGCCAUUUUAUAGGAAAGUAAAAACCACAAAAAGUGGAUAUACCUGUAUUUUCUAACUGGGAAGUACCAUAAACUAACUCCUUCUAUUUUCAAAUAUCAAAUUACCAUGUUUAUUAUUAAUUUAGCACUAAAUCAGUUGAUAAUUCUCAUAACAAAAUGUUUCUAUUACCUGAUUAACGUUAAAUGGCUAUUAAAUUAAAAGUUUCAAUUGCUGACAGCCCUAAUGUAACACCCAAAUACAGUGUGGGUUGGCAUACCGGUAAUGCUCUAGACUCAUAUUUUCUUGUAGUUUUCAUCAGUUCCUCUAGCAAAUGCCAGGGUCGUACCUCAAUUAGGCCAUAACUGCUUCUUUCCAAAUCCUUUCAAACUCAUCAUUCAUCUGUCGUCCUACAAACCAAUGCUAUAUAGUGUAGCUACUGGCAGCAUUACAAAAAAAUUCUAUCAUACAUCACGGGCUAACAAUCCAAGCACUUUGUCCUGUCUGUGGAUAACAGACAGUACAGUUUCUGAGGUACUGAUUGUUCUGUAUUAAGAUUUUAGAGUCUCACACUGGAGAGUAUUAUGAUUAGUCACAACCAGAAUAUCACAAUGUUGACUGUUCUAUAAUAUUCAGAGUUUUAGUAUUUCAGAACAGACCAAAGAGCAUUCAUUCCAGGGUCCAAGGGCUACUGCUAUAUUUCUUUCAGAAUAGAGACAGCAGGAUUGAGGGAGGGGAAGGGAUUUAUUACAUUUAAAGUAAUAAAAUAAGAGUAUCAAGGAUUAACCCUUAAGACCAUCAGUAUAGCAUGUAUGUACAAAGGAUACAUAGUAAAUAUGUUCAAUUUAAAUAGUAACAUUUAAGAAUAUAGUAAAAUUGUACACCACAUUCACAGGGAAAGUGUAUCCAUCAAAUUUUUAAACAAGUGUCAGUCCACUUGGAAUACAGAUUAUGCGUGCAUGCAUGCGUGGGUGUGUUUGUGUGUGUGUACUUGAAAAUCAAUAAAAAAUGAUAUACUUCAAUACAGUAAGAAUGGAACUGUAAGACUUAAAUGAUGAAUUUCAUGCUACUUUACUGUUACACUUUAAUUAUUUCAAACACUAUUUAACAAUAUGCCAAUUUAUGUUAAAUAAGUCACAGGAGUAAGUUAAACUGAUGCCGAUGCUUUCAUUUACAUGAGUUAAAUUUUAAUUUAUGUAGACAUGUACCUUCUUAACACCAAGUUGCACUAUUUAGCCCUCAAUUUAAUUCACUUACAUUUUAAUUUAAUUAAAUAAAUUUGCAUAAUUCCUAAGUUACUGAUAUGUUAGAGAUUUAAAACAUACAUCAAAUGUUGAAGUGAUUGCAGAACACAGCCAUGCAAGUUACAAAUCAGCCCUUCCUUCCCCUCAGCAUGCAAAGCCCCACCAUUAUGCCACAAUUAUUGAAAAUUUUCUCCCCCUCCUAUUAUGUGGCAUCCUUUGAACAACCUGUCUCUUGAAACACUGGUUUUCAACAUCUUCUGACUCACAGAUCAUUAAAGGUGAAGUGGAUCUUCCUAGAAUCAAACUGUACAGUAGAAAUACCAGUCUACAGAUCUAAUUGUUACUGUCACAUCUGAAUAUGUUUAUUUGCUAUAUAAAGAUUUAUGCCUUUAUGAAGCAUUAAAAUUUAAAAAAGGUUAUGAUCACCUGCACUCGAUAUUCAUAUGAACCAUGCAUGUGGGCAUAUGCAAAAAUUUAAGCUAUCAGAAAUGACAUGUUUGUGUGUAACAGUAUUAAAACUACUUGUACAACACAAACCUAGUGAGACCUCUUAGGAGGAAGGAGAUUCAACCUAUAAUAUUUCAUUUAUAAGUGGAAGUGAACAUGUCAUGCUGAAAAAUGGUCUGGCUCCAGUAAAAUAUGCAUGAUAAUAAUAUAUUAUUAUACUGUACUAUAACACAACCUUUAAUUUUUGAACCAAGAUACAUUAAGAACUGAGCCAGGGGUUCACAAACACUGCCUUGGGAUACAACAUUGAAUUCUGUCACAGCAGUGGUGCAACCAAUCUUUCACAACCAAAGCCGAAGACUGUCAUGCAAGGUACUAAUUCAGAUUCAUUGCAGCCAUUAAUGUGAGACUGGUAAAAUGCACUCUCAAGGCAUAUGUAUAACCCAUAAAAUGUUAAUGUCAAUUAGAGCAAGGAGUUGGCACAAGUGCCAGCAUCAAGUUGCAAGCUAUCUGCAAUUUUAUAUUUUCCUUUGUGUUUUACUUUACAAUUCUGUCAGUACCUAGGCUACAUAGCACCAAGAAAUUCUGUACUGCUACAUCUCUAGUGGUACAGUAUAUGUCAGCAGUGGAGAGAAAUGUGUUUCUCACCAGAACAAAUAAAAUUUAAAAAAAAUAUCUACAGCAAUAUUCAUAACAUAUCCACAAAGAAUUAAUUGGUCCUUUUACAUACAAGUAUGUUUAGAGGCAAGUACUAAAAGGAUUUAAACACAUUCCUUUCAUGAAAUGUUGACUUAGUGCAAUAUCAUUACAUGUCAUGUCAAUUUGUCCUUAACAGCAGUUCAUUGCAACCUUUUAGUAUAAGGGUUACAUUUAAAGUAUUUGUGAUUGCAAAAAUGCCAGUGACAGUGAGAACAAACUCAACAUUUAUAUUUGUAUUUUACUAUUUAAAAUCAGAAAAUAAAUUAAUAUUUAUAGAAAAA